AUGCCAGAUGUAGAGAUCAGGGAAGAUGUUAAUGGGCCGAAGCAGUCAAUGCAGUUGGUCUGCCAGUCCAGUGAAAAAGCGAAGGAGACACCCAAAUCCAAAACAAGGGCCCAGAGGGGACAUUGCGUAGUAGCUGGGAAUAUGCACUCAAAACCAGAAGAGGAAAUAGUCCUAGUAAGGGAGGCAGGAAGUGGUCUCAGUCAGAACAGAGAAGUAACAGUAGAGAACCAAAUAGUUGUGAAGAGGAUGGAGGUGAAAACUCCAACACCCGUGUUACGAGAUAGGGACAAAAAUUCCGAAAGUGCUUGCGGUGCUGAAAUAAGACCCCCAGACCAGAAUACCUGUUACAAAAUGGUUGAGGAACCGAUAUGGGAGGAGGAGAUGGCUUCGCUAUCAGAGGAUAACUUGGUAGAUGCAGAGGGGGCUGGGAGUAGGUCCUUCCCUGUUUUGAUUAAGGACAUUGUGCGAAAAAAUAAGAUUGGCCUCUUUUGUCUUAUUGAACCCAGGAUCAGUGGCGGGAAGGCUGAAAAGAUUGUUAGGAAACUGGGUUUCUCAAAUUGGAUAAGGGUGGAAGCCACCGGUUUCGCUGGAGGAAUUUGGCUUCUUUGGCAAGAUAAAGAUUUUGAAGUAGAGUACAAAGCCUCGAGCGAACAAUUCCUUCUUUGCAAGAUUACCUGCGUGACAAUUCAGCGUUCGUUCCUUGGGAUGUUUGUCUAUGGGGAAACUUGUUACUCCAAAAGAAAUCGGUUAUGGCAAGUAAUUAGAGCAGUGGCGGAAACCGUUGAGGAAGAAUGGAUUUUGAUGGGUGAUUUUAAUGCAUAUAGGGACCCUAGUAACAAAAAGGGGGGAGCUCCACCACACCAGCUCUCUAUGGAACAGUUCAAUGAAUGUGUGAAUGAAGCGGGUUUAUUGGAAUUAUCUGAUCCUGAAAAGGCUUUCACUUGGGAAAAGGAGGGGUUACAAGAAAAAAUUGACUGGGUCUUCUGUAAUGUGGCUUGGGCAGAUACUUAUAGGAGGACGAAGGUCAAGCUAGAUCUAAAGUAUAAAUCGGAUCACAAGGUUGUUGUAAUUGAAUGGCAGGAGGGAGAUAAACAUGAAGACAAAUCACGGAGAUUCCACUUCCAUUCAGCUUGGUUGCUAGAAGAUAACUUUCAGGAGGUUGUUGAAGAAGCCUGGAGGGGUAAUGAUUGGAUACAAGGGGCCCAUAGAUUCCAAGAGCUAGCGACAAAAUGGAAUAAAGAGAAGGUAGGCAGUAUACCAAAGAAGAAGAAGGAAAUUAUGCGUAGAUUAGAGGGUAUAGAGAAAUGCAAAACCCAAGGAAGGCUUAAUGGUCUGCUGCGUUUGGAGAAGAGGCUGUGGGAAGAAUACAAUAGAGUGCUCCUCCAGGAAGAACUGAUCUGGUAUCAAAAAUCACGUUGCAAGUGGUUGCAGUGGGGAGAUAAGAAUACUAGAUAUUUCCAUGCCACCUCGAUUGCUAGAAGGGCAAAAAAGAAUAUCAUGUCGUUGAAGGAUGAUAAUGGAGUUUGGGUACAAGAGAAGGGUCAAAUACAACAACUGGCUUGCGCAUCACAUGGAACUCUUACACCAGAAGUGUCUGAUGUCGAGAUUAAAAAUGCAGCCUUUGCAAUGGGUGCCUUUAAGGCCCCAGGACCAGAUGGACUCCAGCCCCACUUUUUUCAAACCCAAUGGAAUAUAGUGGGGGGAAAGAUUUGUGACUUUGUUAAGAGAGCCUUUGAGAAUCCCCAAGUUAUCAAGGAGAUAAAUCAAACAAAUAUCGUGCUAGUACCGAAGGUGGAGAAUCCAACCACAUUGAAGGAAAUGAGACCGAUCUCCCUCUGCAAUGUGAGUUAUAAGAUCAUCACAAAGGUGCUGGCAAAUCGGUUCCGAUCAGUCAUGAAUCAUUUGGUGGGUCCCCAACAAGGUAGUUUCAUUUCAAACAGAUCAAGUUGUGAUAACAUCAUUGUAGCACAGGAGGCGAUUCACAAAAUGAGGACAAAGCCGGGUAAACGUGGCUACAUGGCGAUCAAAGUGGAUAUGGAAAAAGCCUAUGACAGGCUUGACUGGGGUUAUCUCCAAGAUACUCUGUCUGUCAUUGGCAUAAAGCAGGAACUCAUAAGGGUGAUAAUGGCUUGUGUGGGAACAGCUUCCAUGACAGUUCUGAUAAAUGGGGAGGUGGGUCCUAUGUUCCAGCCAUCUAGAGGAAUCCGGCAGGGUGACCCUCUUAGCCCUUAUCUAUUUGUGUUGUGCAUGGAAAGGCUGAAUCAUAUCAUUUUGGAGGAAUGCAGCAUGGGCAGAUGGAGACCACUGAGAUUUAAUAAUGAAGCACCACCCAUAUCUCAUUUAUUUUUUGCCGAUGACUUGCUGCUAUUUACUGAGGCCUCGACAAGGCAAGUAGAAGAGGUCAAAAGGAUAAUGAAAAGAUUCUGCCUAUUUUCUGGGCAUAGAAUUAACCUGGAGAAAUCCAAAGCUUUCUUUUCUAGAAAUGUCAACAUCAAUCGAGCUCUAACUUUAAGUCAAAAGCUAGGCAUUGGAAUUACUCCAGAUCUAGGCAAGUACCUGGGAGUGCCUCUUAUCCACGCGAGAAUUACUAAAGCUACCUACGGCCAUAUCAUGAAGAGAGUUAGGAGUCGCCUGUCAGGAUGGAAGGGCAAGCACCUCACAAUGGCAGGGAGAUCAGUGCUCAUCAAAUCGGUAAUAUCAGCCCUGCCCUCGUAUCAGAUGCAAUCUUCCUUGCUUCCAAAAGGUGUUUUAAAAGAGAUAGAGAAGCUUAGUUGUUCCUUCCUAUGGAGUCAGAAUAUAAAUGAAAGGAAGACGCACCUAAUUGCUUGGGAAAAGGUCAUCAAGAACAAGAAUGAAGGAGGUCUGGGAAUUAAGGAUAUGGAAAAACAAAACAAAGCCUUCAUAAUGAAGCUAUGUUGGGGAUUGAUCACAAAAAGGGACUCCCUAUGGGUGCAAUGUUUGCGAUCCAUUUAUGAAUGUGGACAGGAGCAAAUACCACUGGUGGAGAAGAAAAAGAACAUAUCGAGUACUUGGAAAGCUAUUUCAGCAAUCUGGGAAACUUUCAUGACAGCGGUGGGGAAAAAAAUUAAUAGCGGGAACAACACAAAGUUUUGGUGGGAGCCAUGGACUCAGAUAGAUAAACCUCUCAUUGAGAUUGCAAAUCAGCAUUGGGAAGACAUCAAUCCAGAUGACCGAGUGGCUGAUUUUAUUCUAGAUUCGGGAACAUGGAAUGUUCAAAAGCUGAGAUAUUUCCUCCCUGAAUGGGCGGUUAAGAAAGUCUUACAAUCUGGUCCCUUAGUGACGAACCAACCUGAUGUGAUCUGCUGGAGAGCCUCAAAUGAUGGUGAAUUCUCUGUGAAGUCAGCCUACAAAUAUCUGUCUAAUACAAGGACUGGUGCGGGAAACCGGUUCUGGAGGAGCUUAUGGCGUUGGCAAGUUCCAGAGAAAGUUAAAUUCUUCAUGUGGCAUGUUUUCCAUGAGAGGGUUAUGACAAAUUCCCUAAGAACAAAAAGAGGGCUGAGUGAUCGAGAGACAUGCCCUUUUGGGUGCAACAGUGAGGAGAGUGUAAUACACCUUCUGAGAGAUUGCUAUAGAGCGAAACAAGUGUGGAAAGCUUUUAUUCAUCCUAACUCCUAUACUGUCUUUUUUUCUGGUGAUUUGCAGGAAUGGAUUCACUGGAAUGUGGAAAGGGAGCCAAAGAGGACAAAAUUUCCAGACGUUGCGUGGAAUCGGGUGUUUGGAAUAUUAUGCUGGUUAAUCUGGAAGUGUAGAUGCCAGAGAAUAUUUCAGACACGCGAGGCCCCAGUUAAGGAAAUCAUACAUCAAUGUAACUUCCUACUGUUGGAAGGGGUCGAGGAUGGGAAGUGGAAGCAUAGAAUUUUUAAUAAUCAACAACUGGAGAGCAGUCAGUGGGUUCCCCCAGAAGAAGGUUCAGUUAGAGUGGAUGUAGAUGCUUCGGUUCUAGAGAAUGGCCAAGCUGCUUGUGGAGGAGUGAUUAGAGAUGAGGGAGGUCGGUGGAUUGCAGGCUUCAAAAGAGGACUAGGAGUAUUGCCAUCUACAAUUGCUGAGCUUUUGGCGAUUCAUACGGGUUUGGAGGUCUGUAGAUCACUAAACUUACCAAAUAUACAACUCUGUUCAGACUCCUUGGAAGCGAUUAAUAUGCUAGCGCGACCAAAUGGAGGAGACCAUCCUUUUUAUAAUGAGAUAGAGGAAGUUAAGAGUCUGCUUUAUGAGUGGCAUAAUGUUAGAAUUGGCUAUAGCAACAGGGACUCUAUUGGAUGCGCGGACAACAUGGCGAGAACAGGGCACCAAGUAGGUCUGAGGUUAGUCAUUGUACCUGAGGUUGAUCCUGCCUGUAGGGAAAGGUAUAUGGAAGAUCGAAAAUUUCUACGUAGGGCAGGUCCCACAACGAAUUGA